AUGUCAGACUCCAACCACACUGGUAGUUCCUUCCUCCUAGCAGGGCUCCCAGGCCUUGAGGCUGUGCACAGCUGGCUCUCCAUCCCUCUGUGUGCCAUGUAUGUGGCCUCUCUGGCAGGGAACAGCCUGAUCCUGUGGGUGGUGAAGUCAGAGCCCACUCUGCACCAGCCCAUGUACUACUUUCUGUCGAUGCUGGCAGCGACUGACCUGGGCCUGUCUGCCUCCACGCUCCCCUCCACCAUGCUCCCCUUCUACAUGCUGGGUCUCAGACAGGUGGCGGUGGAUAUGUGCCUGGCCCAGCUCUUCUUCAUCCACACUUUCUCCCUCAUGGAGUCCUCUGUGCUGCUGACGAUGGCCUUUGACCGUUUUGUGGCCAUUAGCAACCCCCUGCGUUACAGCACCAUGCUCACCAGCUCCCACAUUGCCAGCUUGGGCCUGGCCAGUGUGGUGCACAGCAUCGGGCUCCACGUCCCAGCCCCCAUCAUGCUGAAGGAGCUGCCUUACUGCCAGAAUCACCUGCUUUCCCCCUCUUACUGCCUACACCCAGAUGUCAUGAAGCUGGCCUGUGCGGACACCCACAUCAACAGUGCCUAUGGUCUCUUUGUGGUGCUCAUUGUGCUCUACUAUGGGCAUCUCCAAACAAUGCUAUCCAUUGCUUCCAAUGUUGAGCGCCUCAAAGCCCUCAACACUUGUGUCGCCCACGUCUGUGCUGUGUUGCUCUUCUACACGCCUAUGAUUGGCCUGUCCAUGAUCCACAGAUUUGGGAAGGGGGCUUCCCCUUCCAGCCGUGUGCUGCUCUCCUGUCUUCACUUUCUCACACCUCCGGUGUAUGUCUACACCAUUAAGACCAAGCAGAUCCGGCUGAGGAUGCUAAGCCUCUUCUGGCUGGGUGGGGCUGGCAUUAGAGACCCUCAGGCUCAUUAA